CCAAUGUCCUCUACUACUGGGGAUUAAAGUUUAAUAAAUCUAUUUGUUUGAAAUUAACAAAUUCAACGAAUUCAAUUCGAGAAUAAGCACAGUAGCGCUAUCUUUUGGUGGUGUUGCAAACGUACUCUUCGCAAGUGCUUCUUAUUUCCACAUUGUGUUAAAGAAGUCGGUUUAUAUUUAAAAAUACAUAGGCAAUAUAAUAUUAUCGGGCGUUCAAUAAUGGCGAUAUUUAGCGACGUGCGUAAAUGACACGUUUAUCUUUUAAUAAAAUUAACAAAGAAUUAUAGUCCCAACGGUACAAACUUAAUACAGAAUUUAGAGAAGACUCAGUAUGCGCCACGCAUCGAUGUCACAAAAAAUAUUCUUCGGUUAAUUUUGAUAUAAUCCUUCAGUGUCCUGCCGCUUCGGGAGUUCGUGUACCGACGAUCAGAGGAGGUCGUAUCAUUGAUGUUGUGAUUGUUUGGGAAGCAAUAUGGCGUCGGGCAUCGCCGUACACCGAUGUUAAUAGUCAGCCGCCGGUCCAUUUAACGUGAGUCUCCUCAAGUGUUCCGUAUGUUGUCAACCGCAUCUGCCGCUGUUCCUAAGGAUGCGCGAGUAUGGAAGAACGUGGCUCGAUAAAGCCCACUCAUAGGGAGUGGCGUCGCAUCGCGAGGAAGGAACGUCGCAGACGCAUACGACGGCUAGCCGCACAAGAACGUGAUGCCAAUGAAGGCCGCUUGAAGGCAGCACUGGAGAACAAUAUGGUGUAUUUGAAAUUUUGCGCGGAAGAGCAGAAGCAGAAGGAAGAGAGAGAAGAGCAAGAACAAAAGGAACAUGCGGAACGGGAGAGGCUCUGGCUGGAGGAAGAAAUAACCGCACAGAAAAAAUGGCAAAUUCUCGAGGAACAGAGGGCGAAGGAAGAACAGGAGAGACGUGAGAAAGAGAUGAAAAUUCACGAAGAAUUCGAGGCGAUACGUGCGGUACUGUUAAAGAAAAAAGAGGAGGAAAAGAAAGAGCGCGAGGAACAACUCCGUAAACAGGUGCAACUGCUGAAGGAGAUCGACAAUUACAUUGAUAACGGAGUGAAGACGCCCGAAGCGUUGCGCGAAGUCUCCGACAACCAGCCUACCAAGGACUUAUGUCCAUUUUUUUCAAAAACAGGCGCCUGCCGGCAUGGAAACGCGUGCUCCAAGAAUCACCAUAAAAUCUUUUUGAGCAAAGUGAUUUUGAUACCCGGAUUCUACUCACAUUUCUCACUGGAGAAGAACUUGGCGGAAUACGACACCGACGUGGCACUCGAGUUCGAGAAUGCAGAAAUGUUGCGUCACUAUCACGAGUUUUUCCAGGAUGUAAUAGGUGAACUUGAGUCGUUUGGCAGGAUUAAGACCUUUAAAUGUUGCUGCAAUAUGGAGAUUCACUUGCGCGGUAAUGUGUACAUUGAAUAUUACACGGAGCGAGACGCGGCUAGAGCUUGGAGAAGCCUGAGUGGACGUUGGUACGGUGGCAAACAACUCAACUGCGAUUUCGUCCAUAUGAUAUCCUGGAGAAAAGCCAUCUGCGGCAUAGCCGAGUGCCCGAAAGGCAGUAAAUUUUGCAAUUUUCUUCACACCUUUAAAAAUCCGCACAACAGGUACAACGUCAAGUAUACCCUACGGGAAAAUAAAAUAAAGCAAAUGCGAAAGAAACAGCUACGAGAAUCGAGUAACAACGAACGAAGCGAAGAGAGAAGUAAGUCUAAAUGGGAAGAAUCCGAUCGAGAUAGCGAAAAAGAUCGCAACUGGAGAUGGUCCGAAUCCCCCGAGAUUGAAUUGAACCGCACGAAAGAUUCAGAGACGGGACAACCCCCUUCCAAGAAACGGAAACAAUCGGACAGAUUGUCGAGCGAUCACAAACAGAGAAAGGAUGUAAAAUUGAGAAGUUCUAAGUUCAAAAUGUUGCCUAAGAGGAAACAUCACCAACCGGAUCGUAAGAGAGCCCAUGAUAACGAAGAUCGGACUAAGGAAGAGUCCGCCAGUUAUCCUUCCAAAAAGCGUAAGAAGAGAUCGCGAAAGAAACAUCGUAAAAAGUCAUUAGAAGAAAACAGUAAGAAAUCAGAGGAGACGUAGAUCCAAAGAGAAGAAAUAUUUAAAGGCAUAUGCUCGAAGAAAAGGCUCCAAAGUUUGUGCAGGCUGUAAAGAUAGGUCAAGCGGCUGUAAUACCGACGAGACAAUUUUAUUGUUGCGACUCUUAUUUCAAAGAAAUAAAAGGAUAGUUUUUCAAUUCACACCAGUGCUUUUUUUCAUUUUAAUAAUAAAGUACUUUUCUUACGUAACUAUUGUGAUUCUGUUUGUGAUUCUAAACUGAACUAAUUCAGUUCCAUCUGCGAGAUAUUGUAAGUUAAAUAUUUUCAUUUGAAAUAUAUGUUACGUAAAUCGUGUAUUUAAUCGUG